GAUAUUAUCAAGUAGCUUUUGCGAACAAAUAAAAAACUUUGAGAAUUUGCAUUAUGAUUGCACCUUCCAUGAAAUUCUUCAAUUAUCCUUAGGGAUUAUAUUUUCUUUAAUAUUGUAUAGAAGGAAUGGUAUAAUUUGGGGCGGCUAAUGAGUCUCUGUCACCAUUUCAACCCUAAUACUACUUAACCAACAGUGUUGAAUCGAUCCUUUAACUCUUCCUCCAUGGCUGCUUUUCAACCCUCUCUAGAGUGUGAAAACAUCUCCAACAUCCACAGUGACCAAACAGAUUCGGAUUUGAUCCAAAAAACAGAUGAAAGAUAUAGAGAAACACUCCCCAAUCUUCCCAAAGGCAAAGGCUGGAUGACUGAGCAUCUGGUUCAAUACCAAGGUUUUUGGCUAACCCCUAAUGCAGCUUUGAAAAAUUUGAUGUGGGUCCAAGACCACUUCAAGCCUCGACCCACCGAUAUUUUCUUAGCCUCCUUUCCGAAAAGCGGCACCACUUGGCUCAAGGCACUUAUUUUCGCCACCGUCAACCGCACCCGCUAUGGUUUUGCCGACCACCCUUUGCUCACCACUGGCCCUCACGAUUGCUUCCCUUUCUUGGAUGCUCACUUACAGGAAAAAGAUCGGUCUCGUUUCGAUCUUGAUAGGUUUCCUUCACCACGUCUUCUUUCAAUUCAUAUCCCUUACAUUUUGUUACCAAAUUCCAUGACUGAUCAUCAAAGUUGUAGGUUCGUUUACAUCUGUAGGGACCCUAAAGAUGUGCUUGUUUCGAAAUGGUUAUUUUUGAACAAGUUGAGGCCAAAAGAAUUUCCACCCAUUUCACUUGAGGAAGCAUUUGAGUUGUUUUGCCAAGGGAUAUCUCAUUAUGGACCUUUUUGGGAUCAUGUUUUAGGGUAUUGGGAAGCUAGCUUAGAAACCCCAGAAAAGAUAUUGUUCUUGAAGUAUGAAGAUUUGAAGAAGGAGCCUCUUGUUGUUGUUAAGAGAUUAGGUGAUUUUCUUGGUUACCCUUUUUCAUUAGAGGAAGAAAGUAAAGGAGUGGUUGAAGAAAUAGUAAAGCUAUGUAGUUUUGAGAAUUUGAGCACUUUAGAAGUGAAUAAAGUAAGUGUACAAAAGUUCAGCAAAGAUACCAUAAUUGAUAAUCAGCAUUUUUUUAGAAAGGGAAAGGUUGGAGAUUGGAAGAGUUAUUUGACAACUGAGAUGGUAGAACGUUUAGAUGAAAUAACAUAUGAGAAGUUACUUGGUUCCGGAUUGGUAUUUGGCAGUUAAUUUCCCAAUUUAAUUUACUUGCUAUUCAAAAUUUGUUGGUAUCUUUUAUACAUGUUUUACUAUCUGUGUUUGUUGGUUCUAAUAAUGUCGUUUCUACAUUUUUCUCUUAAAAGUACAAUGUAUUAUUGCACCAACACUUGUUGGUUAGUUGGUAGUCAUUAUUUACAAUUUAGGGUUGUAAUUUUUUUUUUUAAGUUAAAAUAUGUUAUAAGUCAAUGCACUAGUUGUAAAUUUGAAAA